ACAAAAGGCCCCAAUUGAAUGGAAUGGAAAAAUGUGUGGAGCGAAGUGGGCGUUAGCAUUCAUCAAAUACAUUGUUGUGCCACUUAUAACCCUGACCAUCGCACCCUACGUCUGGAACAUUGUUGGGCUUAGUUGGAAUAAGGUGGGCUCGGAUUUGGAACCCACCAUGCAAAGCUCCUCAGUAUUCUUAGCUGCCAAGCCUCCUGCUCCUGCUGCCUGGGCUCCCCUUCGCGUGAAUUCGCUGUACACAAGUCGACCACCGACUCCGACCACAACCAACGAUCCCAAUUCAAUGGCGGCAGCUGGUCCUAAGUGGGCCCAGAAAACCAUAACUCUUCCUCCCCAGAGAAGGGGUUGUCAUCUCAUCACCCCUAAGAUUGUGAAGGAAAUUGGGCAAGAUCUGUCAGAAUUCAAGUGUGGCCUUGCUCAUCUCUUCUUGCAGCACACAAGUGCUUCUCUUACUAUCAAUGAGAACUAUGACUCUGAUGUCCGGGAAGAUACUGAGACAUUCCUCAACAGGAUAGUUCCAGAGGGACGGUCUGCUCCUUGGAAGCAUACAAUGGAAGGCCCAGAUGACAUGCCAGCACAUAUCAAAUCUUCAAUGUUUGGCUGCACACUCACGGUUCCAAUUACAAAUGGACAGCUUAACAUGGGAACCUGGCAGGGGAUAUGGCUGUGUGAGCACCGUGACCAAGCUACUCCUCGCAAAGUUGUGGUUACUCUCAAUGGAAUAUGAGUGUUGUGCUGCAUUGCCACUUGGUUUUAAAAGGAUAAAGCUUCGUGAAGAUGGCAUCUAAGAGUUCAGGCAAUUAUGAGAAAUUUAGAUUCAUUAGUUUGAUCAAUUCAUGAUAAUGCCAACCCGUUCUCAAGGAAGUUCAAAAUUAUCAAGGACAAUAUCAAUAGAUUGAUUUUAAACAGAUUAAUGAAGCAAUAUGUGUUGCCAGUAAA